CAAAUCUCUGUUGUUUAUUUUACUUUGAAGGCCAGGAAAACGGUUUUAUUUCCCACCGUUGCGCUCAAACGACUUGGGAGCUCGGAAAAGAAAGACCAAAACGACAGAGAUCCGAACGCUUUCUCUCUCUCUCCGAAUUCUCUUCUCUUCUCCGUUGAUUAGGGUGGUGGCAAACAGCAAAAGUAGAUAUCCUGGUUUGCAUUUUCGUUUGCUUCUUUGCCUGGAGUUGUGUGCGUGAUAUGUUGGACUGUUUUUCUCUUGCAUGAUAGUCUUAUGCCAGAUGCAUGACAAAGAAUCUUUGAGGAAAUUGCUGCAUGGUUACAGAACCCUUGAAUUUUUGUGCAUCAAGCCAGAAGGUCAUGCUUGCAAAUUUUGGUAGUUGGCUCAGCCAGACAGCAGGUUGAGAAUGAAGGCUGAUACCCUCCAUCUGAAAAGCAGAAUGAAGAAAUGGUACGGUGGUGCUUUAGUUGCAUCCCUAUUUAUGUUGCUGGUCCUGAGAUACGGUGUCAUGAAAAAUGCUGUUGAAGAAAGCUACUUGACAAAUCCCUUCUCCUCCAAUGGAACCAAUCCACUUGAAUGGGUGCGUUUUACGGGUCCGCCUGCAGUUCAAAAUCCAGAGACUGCUUCUCAAGUGAUUUCCAUUGAUACCAUAGCCAUCAGUCUCUUUGCUCAGAGGAACCUCUCCAAGGGAGAGCAAGAAUCUUUGCUCACUUGGGAUUUGUUGAAGAACUUAAUUAACCAUUCUCAAGCUUUGCCAAAUGGAGUAGAGGCUAUCAAGGAAGCUGGAAGUGCAUGGAAUAGCCUGAUGGCUUUGAUUGAAGCGGAAAAACUUGGUUAUACUGAUGAUAAUUCAACUAGGAAAACAAAAGAGAAGCAGUGUCCCCAUUUUCUUAAUAAAGUGAAUGCAACAGAAUCAGAUAAAAGUCAUUAUAAAUUGAGAGUUCCAUGUGGCCUCACUCAAGGUUCUUCCAUUACAAUCAUUGGUAUUCCAAACGGUCUUCUUGGUAAUUUUCGCAUUGACUUAACAGGGGAAGCACUUCCAGGGGAGCCUGAUCCACCAAUAAUUUUGCAUUACAAUGUUAGGCUCCAUGGGGAUAAGGUAACUGAGGACCCUGUAAUUGUCCAAAACACUUGGACUAUAGCUCAUGAUUGGGGUGAAGAGGAGCGUUGUCCACCACCUACUCCUGACAAGAAUAAAAAAGUGGAUGAGUUGGACCAGUGUAACAAGUUGGUGGGUAAAGAUAAUAACAGGACGGUUAGCAUGCAUUCCCAUGGUUCAAGGAGGUCCUCAAUGGGGCUGGAAGGGAUUAAAUCUAGAAGAUAUUUUCCUUUUAAGCAAGGUUCACUUUUCGUUGCAACUCUUAGAGUAGGAUCAGAGGGAAUACAGAUGACAGUUGAUGGAAAGCACGUGACAUCCUUUGCUUAUCGAGAAACAUUGGAGCCAUGGCUUGUUAGUGAGGUCAGAAUUUUUGGAGACAUAAAAUUAAUUUCUGUCCUGGCUAGUGGUUUACCCACUUCAGAGGAUUCAGAUCAUACAGUUGAUCUAGAAGAACUGAAAUCAGUUGCUCUCUCCCAUCAAAGACCAGUGGAGCUCUUUAUUGGUGUUUUCUCUACCGCCAACAAUUUUAAACGAAGAAUGGCUGUGAGAAGAACAUGGAUGCAGUAUCCUGAAGUUCGAUCUGGGACAGUUGCAGUGCGCUUUUUUGUUGGUUUGCAUAAAAACCAAAUAGUGAAUGAGGAACUCUGGAAUGAGGCACAGACAUAUGGAGACAUACAGCUGAUGCCUUUUGUUGAUUACUACAGCCUGAUCACCUGGAAAACUUUGGCCAUUUGCACCUUUGGGACAGAAGUUGUUUCUGCAAAGUUUGUCAUGAAAACAGAUGACGAUGCAUUUGUUCGUGUGGAUGAAGUACUUGCUUCGUUAAGCAGGAUAGAUGUGACUCAUGGAUUGCUUUAUGGACUCAUUAACUCAGAUUCCCAGCCUCAUCGCAGUACAGAAAGCAAGUGGUUUAUUAGCCCUGAGGAAUGGUCUGAAGAUAGGUACCCUCCUUGGGCACAUGGUCCCGGUUAUGUGGUGUCCCACGACAUAGCAGAGGCUGUUUAUAAGAGGUUCAAUGAGGGGCGUUUAAAGAUGUUUAAGCUAGAAGAUGUGGCAAUGGGUAUUUGGAUCGCUGACAUGAAGAAAGAAGGUUUAGAAGUUAGGUAUGAGAAGGAAGAGAGGAUCUUUAAUGAGGGUUGCAAGGACGGUUAUGUUAUUGCCCAUUAUCAAGGUCCAAGAGAGAUGAUGUGUUUGUGGCAGAAACUCCAGGAGACUAAAAGAGCUAGAUGUUGUGGUGAUCCAUAAGUAUAGGCUGACACUUGAGGAUUUGGCAAUCAAAUAUCAACAGUCACGUUUCAUAACCAGCACUUUCCCGGGUGCUAACUUUAACAUGACGAGAGAAAGGAAUCAGUCCUUGCUGAUCUGAUUGAUCUGGUUGGAGCAAAUUCAGACAAAAGGAGAGGUAUUUUUAUCUUCUUUUUUUCCUUUUAUUUCUUAUAAACUUUUUUAACUAUAGGUGGAUGGGGUUAGUAAUUGUUGUUGUAUAAUUAGCAAUAUUUUUGUAGCGCAUACAUGUUUAGUUGAGAAAAACUGAAAUUCUUGCCAGAAAUGGUAGACCGAUGCCUUGUAUAGGGAAUAGCUAUAGUGGUAGGAAAUUGCAGGGUUUACCCAAGUCUGAUCUGAUGUACACUCCACUCUUCUCUUUUGACACUGUUCUAUGUGUUCCUAUUGUAUUUUGUCUCAGGGUAUUAUGCUGGUCAGCCAAAUAUCAGCUGUGCCAGAAUUUUUGUUUAUGAUAAAUAUAGCAAAUUUUGACAUUCAUUACAAGUAGCAAUGUUGCUUCGACUA